AUGACAAGGUUUGGUUUUUCGGUUUUCGUUCUCGUCUCUUGGGCCGUACUGCGAGGGAGCAUGAAGAAGACGAGAAAGCUUCGAGAACACGUUUCCGCCGGACACGGUCGUAUCGGAAAGCACCGUUAGCAUCCCGGAGGUAUGCAUCACCACCGUAUCCUCUUUGACAAGUAACAUCCUGGAUAUUUCGGUAAAGUUGGUAUGAGGUAUUUCCACAAGCUCAGGAACAAAUUGUAUUGCCCGAUCGUCGUUCUCGAAAAGAUAUGGUCGAUGGUGCCUUAGGAAAUCAAGGAGAAAGCUUCCAAAGACAAUGUUCCGAUGAUCGAUGUUACUCAGUUUGGGUAUUUUAAGGUUUUGGGAAAAGGUUUCUUGCCUGAGAAUCAACCUGUUGUCGUCAAGGCUAAGCUUGUGUCGAAGACAGCUGAACAGAAGAUUAAGGAAGCUGGUGAAGCUAUUGUUCUCACUGCUUAG